GCCGCCGCGCUCGCCUGCGCGCCGGGCCCUCAGCCACCCCCGCCGGCGCCGCGGGCCGCGCACUUCGGCAACCCAGAGGCCGCGCACCCCGCGCCGCUCUAUAGCCCCACGCGGCCCGUGAGCCGCGAGCACGAGAAGCACAAGUACUUCGAGCGCAGCUUCAACUUGGGCUCGCCGGUCUCGGCCGAGUCCUUCCCCACGCCUGCAGCGCUGCUCGGAGGCGGCGCCGGCGGUGGCGCGAAUGGCGCGGGCAGCGGCGGCACCUGCGGCGGCGACGCGCUGCUCUUCGCGCCCGCCGAGCUCAAGAUGGGUACUGCGUUCUCCGCCGGCGCAGAGGCGGAGGCGGCGUAUCCGAGUCGGGCUCUGAAGACGGGCUCUACGAAUGCCACCACUGCGCCAAGAAGUUCCGCCGCCAGGCCUAUCUGCGCAAGCACCUGCUGGCGCACCACCAGGCGCUGCAGGCCAAAGGCGCGCCGCCAGCGCCCCCGGCCGAGGACCUACUGGCCUCGUAUCCCGGGCCCGACGAGAAGGCGCCCCAGGAGGCUUCCGGCGACGGCGAGACGGCCGGUGUGCUGGGCCUGAGUGCGUCCGCCGAGUGCCACCUGUGCCCAGUGUGCGGGGAGACGUUCCCCAGUAAGGGCGCCCAGGAGCGCCACCUGCACCUGCUGCACGCCGCCCAGGUGUUCCCCUGCAAAUACUGCCCGGCCACCUUCUACAGCUCGCCGGGCCUCACGCGGCACAUCAACAAGUGCCACCCGUCCGAGAACAGACAGGUGAUCCUCCUGCAGGUGCCAGUGCGUCCCGCUUGCUAGAGCGCGCCUCCGUCCCAGCCCCCCGAACUGUGCCUUCGCUUGGAGACCCACAAAGAGAGCGCGCCCUGCAUGCCCGCGGCGUCCGCGCUCGGGGCGAUCUCCCCCCUCCCCGUGAAAGUGUCGUCUCCACUUCUCUCGGUGUGGCGUGAUGGUAACCCCGAUCCUCUCGUGACUCCUUUUGGAUUCCCCCUUUUGCGUCGUGUCCCUCCCCACACACUCCCAUCUCCGUGGCGCAACAGGGGGUCAGUCUCCUGCACUGGGAGGAGAGCUGUAGGCGUUUGUCUUGUGGUUGGAAACCUCCGCUUGCAGGGGAGAAGCUGUUUUUCUUUCUAGUAUUCGCUGUGUUCACGGUCUAGAAAAUGCGGUUUGCUCUCGCCCACCAAUCUCUGCUCUCUGUUUGUAGCGUACGGGUUGUUUUGGGUGAAUCUUGAGGAAUAAAUGCCUUUAUAUUUCACAGGCUGUAAAUGGAACUUCCCACACGAUUAGCUUUAUUAUGGCUUGUGAACUGCUGGAGUCUGGCUUUACCUUUUUGUAUGUGAACAAAUCAAAUUGCUUAAAAAAGAGUUUUCUUUAGUAUAGCCACAAAUGCCUUGAACUGUUGUCUGUUUGGGAUUGUUUUGGGGGGAGGGGAGGGAAUUUUCAGAAGAUGCUGUAGUAACUGCCUCAAUGUUUCACAGACUUUUUUUGGUUUGAUCAUCUUUGUUGAGGUUGGACUAUAUGAGUUCCCUCUAAAUGUAUAUGUUGAUUUAUGAGUAAUUGUUAUUUAUUCUUUAUUUAUUUAUAUUAAUUAUGAAGAUUAUGAUAUUAUUUGAUUGCAGAUCUUCUUCUUUUUUUUUUUGGUGCGCUUUCCCCCCUCGCCACUCGUGACAUUUCACUGUGCAUUUUAGAAGACAGCCUUUUUCUAAAGGGAUCUGCUAAAAGUUUUAACUUUUGUACCUAUCUGAGCGAAUUACAGACAACCGACCAUUUUAUUCAGCUUGGAGGGCCUCCGAGGCGCUCACACAACCGACAGCUCUUACUUUUAAAUGCAAUCUCUUUUCUACAUACAUUAUUUUCUUAAUUGUUAGCUAUUUAUAGAAAGCUUCAAUAGAACUGUUUCAACUGUAUAACUAUUUACUAUUCAAAUAAAAUA